CUCCUUUCCCUGCCUCUAAAGAAACGCAUUCAUCUACCGGGGAGUGUUCCUGGUUGGCCAGCCCAGGUCUUCCUCUCCCCGGAUCCGGAGCUUCAUUGGUCAGUGGGUCUCUUGAAUGAAGCGCCGCAGAAACGUGCAGGAGGAGGGAGAAGCAACUCCGUGUGCCGCCGCAGGGAGCGACCGACGCACAGCAACACGACCGCCGGGCGGGCUGUGGUGGUGGUGGUGGUGGUCGCACACCGGUUAUCUCUCGAGCAGAGGCGGCUGGCUCUGUCCUGGAGCUCGGUGUCGGAGAGUGAAUGAGGUUGAUGCUGCUCUGUUGCACCUGGAAGGACGAACGCAUGGGAGAGGAGGAAGGUAAGGGGGCUUCUUUGAGGGGGCAGAGCCGCGGGCUGCAUGCGGUUAAGGGGUAAAGGAUGCAGAGACAACGCGUCGUCUUGUGCCAAAACACAGAAGGUGACCACUUUGAGCUUUGCUUUUGUUGUUUUUCAUCUUUGGGCGUCGGUUGCUGCCUGUCAUGUUAGUGUAGCAUCGGCGUGUGUUUGUGCAGGGAGCGUCAGGGUGCAUGAACAUAGUGUGCUGACACUGAAGCCAUGUUUCCUCUCCAAGUAGGUACACCCAUCACGUUAGGGUGCAGUCCCCCCCAUGCCAUACAUUUAGAAGUAAUCCCUUAAAAUAUACCAAUAUAUUUCCCAUACAGAAUAUACUUAAAAUGUGGAUUGUAACAGCUGAUUGACUCAAAAUAAGUGAUUUUGCCCCUUAAAGUUCUACUUAAAAAUGUUUUUUCAGGGUAAUAAUCUUCACAGUUUAAAUGUUUACUAUACUAAGUUAUAAAUGUCAUUGUGUACGGCUGAUGUAGCUCAAGAAUCAGAGAGUACUAAUAGCUUUUAUUGAUUCUCAUCUGUUUGAAAGAGCAUUAAAUGAAUCUCUUUAACCUGAGAUCGCAUUAUACAGAAUACAGUCUCUCAGGCUGUAAACAGACUCAAACACAUAAAGAUAUUCACCUUUUUGUUUUUAUAUACAAUCCACACAUUUACAAGAGAUCCUCCCUUAUCUAUUUUAUGUGGAAAAAGUCAACAAUCCAAUUUCGUUUCUGUAAAAACCAUGCUUCUGAGCACACUGUAGCUGUCACUCAGCUUCACUGAGCUUGACAAUAGACCUUCUGUGUGCUGACUCACUUUGCAUAUCAGCCAGCAGAGUUAAUCUGUGGAAGGAGCUGCUGCAAAUUUCUCUGGAAGAUGUGUUUCACCAGAGAGGGGUGGGGCAACCAGUCCUAAAUUACUGCACAGGUUACAGUGUGUGUUUGUGUUUAUCAGCUGAGGCGUGGGUGCCCCCUGUGAGACCUCCGAGAUCCAAAAGACACAUGGACUGUACAAUUAUAAAGGGAUAAUGUUUAAUGAAAGAGAAAGGCAUCAGCACAAAGUAAGCCAAUACAAUCAAUAGACGUACCACAGACCAAGGAGGCAUUACACUAAUGAGAGGCCUGGAUGAAAACUCUGACAUCAAAGAACUUAUAAUACAGCAUUACACCAGGAGAGAUGCUGUACAAGAAUCAGAGGAGUCUUUGAACUCUGCUUUUUGAGGUUGUGAUGCAUGUCACAAAAAAGCAAGAUGAAGUAGUGUGAAAAUUAACUCUGAAUAAACCAGGCAUGAUAAUGUUGAAUAUGUCCCUGUUAGAGGCAGCUGUAGAUGUGAGCACUGUAUCGUCAUGACAACAUAAAUACAUAAUGUGUGAUCCCAGCAUCCACUGAAACCAAAUGUUGUUAAAUGGUUUCAAAGAUGACAAGAAGCGUUGUCUGUCACUUCUCUGUGUCAGAAAUGAUGCUUGAUUGAUGGAUCUGUUAUCGCCCCCUCUUUUUUAAAGCAGCUCAAGUGUCAAAUCUCAUUCAGUCUGUGACCUUGCAGACAUUUCAAGAUUUCAAAAGUGAAAGUGCAACGACUCAGCAGUGGUGCAAUUAAGGAGUACUGCCAGAGUAAGCAUAAACUUCUUCCUCCCCUUGGAAUUUGUAGUCUUGCUUUAACCCUUUAAUGCCUUUUGUAUCAUCUUUGAUACAUACUUUUAUGAUCAAACCAAUAUGAUCAACAACAAAAAAACACCUGAAAACAGUCCAAUAUAAGAUAGGAAUGUCCUUUUGUGGGUUAUCAGUUUCCAAAAAUAUCUCAUGCAUCAAACGAGAUAAAGAUAAAUAUAUCUGUUAAAUUUGAAGGACAUGUUUAUUUUUUUGCUUUUCAGUAGUAAGUGAAAUAAACAUUUCAGCUCCCAAAAAAUUGAAUUUUCUGGCCAUAAUUUGCUGUUUCAGGCAUCAAAGGGUUAAAUAAUGACACCCUUGCAAACAGCCACCAGGUUUAUCUGAUCACCGUGUUUAUAUUUGUUGUUACUUUGCUCCCCAGUGUACGGUAAAAAUGCCUCGUCAUCUCCUGCUCAUUAUGUGAAGCUGUCUGAUGUGCUCUCAAAUGAGCUGCAACAACAACAACAACAUGUUACAUGCAGCCUGACAUCCGCGAUACCGCUAACUCCUCAUCAUUUCCAAAGAACUGUUUCACAUUAGCGGAAACACACACACACUCAGUGUCCUCGGUGCAUCACAGGAUUAGCUGCUCCGGCUCUGCAAAAUUGUAUUUUUUUCUGGAAACACUAAUCAUAAUGAACAUUUUCCUCAUUAGUAGGGGGGAUCAUGUCACGGAAACAGUUUCUUAUCACAGAGUUCAAGUCAGACUGUUAGAGGAGGAAAGUUUUUCACGAGAAGCCAGAGUCCUUGUGUUUGAGUUUACUCGCUUUAAUGUAAGUGGUGUUGGUGUUAGUAAAAGUUCAAAUAAAGUGCACAGUAAAUCUGAGGUUAUGAUGAAUGUUUUAAUUUGCUAUCAAAAGCUAAAGGCUGUCUCUAAUAGUGCAACAAGUAACAUCUCUGCUGACUGAUUCUUUUCACUCAUUCUGACCUGCAUGGUUAGAAGCUCUGUUCCACUAGUGUUGUGAAGAAGUUUUUAGUCAGAGACUCUCUUUGUGUGUGUAUUCAUUUGUGUGUUUAUUAUCUGCAGCACCACUCUGUGUCAUUAACCAGCAGGAGGUUUGCAUUAGCAGCCAGAUAAGUCCACAGAUAACAGUGAGAUGCAAACACGCAUCAGUAACUCUCACAUGUCAUCAAAGCUGUAACUGCUUUCUCUGCACACUGACACGUUGUUAUCGCUUCGUCCUCUGACCUUGUGUGUUGUAUUUGUUAACAGCUGGAGGAAGUUUGCCCAUCUGUGCGGGGUGCAAACAGAGGAUCUGUGACGAGCAGUACCUGCAGGCCCUCAACACCGACUGGCACACUGUCUGCUUCAGGUAACAUAACCCGCCCCUGCUCAUCAUCGCUGUAGAACAAAGAUCCUGAGUCUGUGUCUGUGAAGAGUGGCUAUGGAAACCCUCCUUCCUUUUCUCCUCCAUUUUUACAUGUACCCGCCUGCAGUCAUACAUAAAGUAAUAAGUACAUCCUAAAAGUAAGAGUAUUUUGAGUCUCCAUUUCCCACCAAAAUAUCUCAACUGUUUUCUAUUAUUAUCUCCGCGGAUAUGUCCCUUUUUUUUCCUGUAUGAAUGAUUCAGUAACUCUUGGCUUUGGGCUCUGAAGUUGGAUAAAAGAGGCAAUCUGAUGAUUUCACUCUCUGAUCUUGGAGAGUCUCUAUUCUUGGAAGAUCAGUCUGUUAAUUGGGAAAAUAAUCUGCAGAUCAAUAAAAAGAUAAAGUGAUCAUGUUUGCCUCAUAGACAUCUGCUGCAUCUUGUGCUAUUUCUCUCUUGUUUGACAUCAGAGUGAAUUUGUGUAGAUAUUUAGUGCUUCAUGUUAGACUCCCAAUUAAUGUGUGACAGAAGUUUGGUUUACAGACAGUUCGCCAUACGGAAACACUUAAUAUCACACUGAGCAAGAGUUUUGGAGCUUUGACUCUAAAGCUGUGUGCUCCUUAUUUUGAAUCUUUCCUUUUUCUAUCCUCAUCCGAAGCUGUGGCCUUAAUUGUUUUGGAGCUCUGGUAUCAAAGUUGCAGCUGACACCAUUAUCUACAUUUCCACAGCAGUCAGCAUGUUUGGUUUUACUUUUCAAAGGUUUUGUUCAGAGGAGGGAAGCGUCAGCAGGUUUGUGUUCAGUUAGAGGAAAGUUUCUCACUGCAUGUGCAGCGUGUUCAAAAGCUCUCAUCUGACUCAGAGGCAUUAAACUAUAGGACUUAUGUGAUUGUGUAAAUAUGGAGAGUUUGAGAACAAAACGCCUCUUGUUUCCUCUCUCUGUUUGACUGAUGUGCUGCAGCAUUUUGUGUGUGUGGGCAGCAAGAUUUCAUGUUGUCUGUGUGAAGGAAAUCAGGUUUUUAAAAUGUGUGCGACCACCGUGAGUCUAGAUUUUGAGCGCAUAUCCUGAGGCUCUCAUCAUUCCCCAAAAACCUCCCUUACAUUUAAUGAUUGAACCAAAUCAUUUUAAAACCAUGACCUUCAGGAUUGACUUUUGCUUGACAAAACAAACAUACUUGAAGGUCUGCAUCUGGCUGUGCUUGAAUUUAGAGUUGUGUCGCAUAAUCUUCCAUGAAGCACAGCAUGAGUUUAUUCUAUUUCUCCCCUAAAAAUGAAGAUUAUUACUCAUCUAAAACUUUUAUGAUUGAUUUCUAAAUAUAUCCACUAAUAAAGGUCUAAUACUAGUUUCUACAGCUGCCCUUCGAAUGCAAUUAAGUCGAUAUGUCACUAAAACCCAGUAAACCUUCACAUGAGCACAGUCACCUCUGGUCCUAUGACACAUAAUCUGAGAACAUGAAGAAAGGGACGCACAGAUGGUUGAGACAUAACACUAAUAGCAAUCGAUUCAAUAGGCACCAAGCUGCAACCUGAGACUUCCGGCUCCAGCUUCUGCUCAACCCUAUAAUUUCAUUUUCAGGAUAUUUCAGAUUCUUAGAAAAACACCACGACUCUCUGUCUCUGAGAGAUCACCUGAUAUUCCUCGUUAGAGCUGACAGUCUCAUUAAAACGAGCCAGGAGACGUUAUUUACUUUGAAAGUAGGGCAGAUUUUACCAGGCUGUUCUGUUUAUUAUUAAUAGCACAUGGAUGUUGGUGUUGCUGCAGCUUUUGUUUCUUAUGGUCUUAUGUAAUAUCUCCUCCUGCUGCUCUUAUUUCUCCUCUGCCUGUCAGAUCUAACAGGCUCACCUUGUUUUCUGACAAGUGGGAAAUAAAGCAGCUGCUUGUCAGGGAGUGUUUACUGAGAUAUUACUCUCUCACUGUUUGCCUUUGUAUCUGCUCAAAUCUAGGAUACCUUUUAUUUGCCCACUCACAUCUUGAAGAGAAACAGCUGUAACAUAGUGGUCAAAAUGGUCAUGUUUUUAUGGUGGUCUUUUUGCAUAAGUAGGCUUUGAUUAACAUUAGGUUUGCAACUGUGAUUUAAAAAAAACAGCUGGAAAGCAGGAAUGUCCACAGCAGAGGGGCGUCUACAGAAAGUGAUCCAGAGAAACCUAAAUAACGAGGGCAGGGACUCCCAUGGAAAAAGUGCCUUUAAGAAUAAUAAUAAUAAUAAUAAUAAUAAUAAUAAUAAUAAUAAUAAUGAUAAUAAUAACAACAAAAAUAAUACAAAUAACAACAACAAUAAUGAUGAUAAUAAUAAUGAUAAUAAUAAUCUUAAUAACAACAAUAAUAAUAAUAAUAAUAAUAAUAAUAAUAAUAACAACAACAACAACAACAAUAAUAAUAAUAAUAAUAAUAAUAAUAAUAGUAUCUUUAUUUAAACAGCAAUUCUCAAUAAUGAGUUACAAAGUGCUUUACAAUUAAAAACAGUUAAUAAAAUAAAAUUAAAAAACAAAUCAGGUAACAGCUGUGGUUAUAAAAGCAAUACACCAAUAAACAAAUUUAAUAAAAAGUCGUCACUGUGUCCAUGUGAGAUUUUUCUUAAGGGAAGCAUGUACACACUGAAUAAAAGGGGACCCAGGAUAGACCCCUGGGGGAACCCACACAAGAGGAGAAAGUAUUUCCGAUCACUAUGAAAAAAGACCUGUCUGACAGAUAGGAAAUGAACCAGUCCAACACCACAUUGUUAAUUCCAACAGAGUAUUUCAGACAGCUGAUUAAGACGUUGUCGACAGUAUCAGGGGCUGAACUAGGGUCAAGUAGAAUUAGCAUAGAGCACAAGCCUGAAUAAGCUGAAAGCAAUCAUCUGUUCAUCUGUUCAGACUCAACUUUUUCUAAGAUAUUGGAGAGAAACGACAGCUUAGAGAUGGGUUUAUAUUUGUUAAGAGCAAAGAGAGCUAUGAGGGUUUCUUUUAAAGGAGGUUAACUGGUGUUCAUAAUGGGAGAGCAAAAACCCCCGACGACAGUUAACAGAAGUAGUUCAAAUGUUAAGACCAAUUAUCUGAAAUGCAGCUUUUAAAAACCAGGAAGGUGAGUGAUCUUCAAAGCAGGAGGAUGAUUUUAAUAGGGCAGCAGGACAUGAUGAUUCAAAGGUAAUUCCAUGUAAAUAAAGAGAGAGACCAAAACAAUUUAUAAUGGGCAGUAAACAUCUUUAAUUCUCUGUAAAAUCCUGAGCUCUCCCAGAGUUUUCUUGGUUUUUGGAGCCAGCGUGGUGUGGACAAUCUGAGAACUGCAGCUUUUGCACUUCCAUAAUAAUUUUAAUUCUCAACUCGAGGUUGCAGCUCGGUUAAACAACUUAAUAUAAACUAAAGUAAAGAGCUGCCUCCACUUUGUUUAGCUUAUCUGGUUUACAGAUUGGCUGUUGCUGAAUGGAAAAACUCAACGCUCAGUGUGUCAUUAAUGAUUUCCACGGAAGAAUGACCGAAUGGGAAAUCUGAGGAGGGUAUCUCGGCACAGAGCAGUGAUGUAUUUGUGUGUCUGUGUUUGUGUGUGUACGUGAUGACAGAGUAAAGAGAUGAGGGAAUUACAUCUGGCUGCCUCAACUUGGAUGAAGGAUUUUCUCCAUGGGGGGUCCUUUUUUUUUAAGUCUUAUUUUUCAUUACCCUUCUAUAAGCGUGUGUGUGUUUGUGAACCUGUGUCUCAUACUUUUUCUCUGCAUAUUUACAUCCUUUGUGCUUUGACUGAAAUGAAAGGUCUUUUUUGCAUUCGUACCUCAGCAGCUGAACUGAUAUGAUUGAAGCUGUGUGAGUGAUCAAAGCUUUGAAAGAACUGUAACUCCCUUAAAAGUGUUGCAUACUUCUAGAAAUCCUCCUGAUGUUUUCCUGCAUAUUGCACCAUGUCUAAAAGAAUAGAGAGAAUCUUUUCUGACCCACUUACAAGUCCUGAGGGUGAGCAGGAUCAUCACAGAGGAGGAUUUAAGACAAGACUUUUGAGGGAAAUUUGACUAGUGUGACUGAAGCUUAUAAUCCAAACAAAAAUAUGCCCAGCUGCAGGCCCCUGUGCUGUGGCAGAGUAUUACUGCAGUGUAAAGGAAAAGGGGAUGAUAAGAGAGAGAGGAGGGGAAUGCAAAAUGAAAGUGCCUAGAGUGUUAUUAGAAGACUGCAGAGUCCCUCGGGUGGUCAGAAAAUAGAAGCUGCACACUGUGGCUGUCAUGGGAAACGCAGCCUUUGCCUCACUGAAUUCGGUUUUCACAUGGCUUUUUUUUCUAAGUCCUGUUUGUUUAAGCUUAGUUGUACACAGUGCAGGAGGAGGAAUGCAGCCAUACCAUUUCAACCUCUGACCAUGAAGUAACCAGUUUAACAAGGCGACUUUGGUGUUUUGUUUCAGUGCUACAUCAAUAAGUAGGCCUGUGUGUUGGCAGGAUUUUAGUGAUACGAUAUGUGACCUGACAGAAUUAAAACAUUAUGAAAUUGUAUUAUCCUUUAAGACCAGUUUGUUUAUUCGGUUACACAAUGUAGACAGUUUGUUUAAACUUGUUUACAUGUAAAAAUUAAUCAGUGACAAUGACUAUUUACUACUCUGAUUAGGUUUCUUCCCCAAAACUGCUUUUACCACCCCCUUUAAGAAAUUACAUUAACAAUGUUAAUACAUGGUCCCUGCAACAACCAACAUAACACUUUUUGCAUGUGAUCUGGCAAAAGGACUCACCAUCUGUUUCUCUAUGAUAAGAAAUAGAACAAUAGUGCUUUCAAAAAUCUUAAGUUUCAUAAAAAAGUUUUUAUGGGAAAAAUAAUAUGUAGUCUUUGCGACAUCCAACAGAACACUACUUUUCAUGAAAUCUGAUAAAGGAAUUACUAUAUAUUCCUCUGUCAAUAAACAAAUAGAAUGAAAGGUGCUUUCAAGUUUAAGAUUUAGAAGAUAUUGAAUUAUAUCUAAAGAAAUAGGCAACACAGCUGCUGACUUUUCAUCUGUAAAUUCUGAAAUGUUAUUCUAGUAGCGGCUAAUGUAGCCUUUACCAGUCAUCUGCCGCUACUGCAUCGGGAUAAACAAAAAUAACGACAACUACAAAAGUACAUACAGACAUACGGUUGAUCUGCCUAAAAUACUGGAAUGGGUACGUUAGAAUAAAGCUGCUUGCAGGUUUUCGAAAAAUCUAAAUGUUUGCAAAAAUUAAUGCAAUCUCAUUUUUUAAGUCAGUGCUUUUUAUGCCAGUUGUAGAUUUUCUCUGUCACAGAAAUGUGUCAUAUAUUUUACAUUCUGAUGAGUUACACUUUCUCAUGACAUACUUUUACAAUUCUGAGGUUUGAAGUGGCUUUCUGAGACAUUUAUUAUGGAUACUUCUAUUUCCAACCUUUUCUUUGUACAUGUUCAAGAUGUGCCGGAGAAGCUGUCCUUUGAAAAUUUCUAUAACACAAUAAAACUGACGGCAGCAAAGAUUUGUACAAGCCAGUAACACAGUACUUUGAGCUCUAUAGAUAAACCGCAGUGAACGAAAAACCUUAGAGAUGAUGCCAAACAGUGUGGCUGUCAAAAAGUUAAAGAGCUUGACAAGCUCUUGUUUUUGGAGAAAAAAGAUUGCUUUGUCGCUGUCACUGAGAGAGGACAUAAAAAGAGCUAGUCUACUUGGCUUCAUUAAAACAGCCUCAACUUAAACAGAACAAAUUAAAGAAAGUGUAAAUUGUCUGUCAUUUUGUAUACUUUUGGCAGGAGGCUUUUAUUUUGAAAAAUACGUACAAAUGUUCAGUCCCCAGAUGCCACUGACUGGAUUUCUUCUCAUCUUUCCCUCAGUUCUCUGGUGUGACUAAAACCUUUUCUCUUCAUCAAUAGCAUUUUGUGAUUAUUUUGAUCAUUUAUUCAUUCACUGUUUCAGAACCGCCUCAGUCUGAAGGCUUUCUAGAAGCUUCUCAAUGAGUGUUAAAAGAGCUCCUAGGUGGGUUUCACUGCCUCCUCAGUGGAUUUGAGGGAUUAGGUUAAAGCAGCUCCUGACAUUGGAGAAAAGACAGCAGACACAGUGAGAAGGUGUACAGAGGCAUUAGGAGACGGCUCAAGUCAGUCUGAACCUCUCUUUGCAUUCUACAAAUAGGAUUUCUGAUAUUAUCCAUGCAUUAUUUAGCACAAACAUGCUAUUUAUAGAAUUUUAUAUUUUUAUUAUGAUCCUGUUUUCUUCAGUCAUUUUGUGAAUACUUAAGCAUGAAUCAGUGGAUUGUGUUGUAAAUUCAUUACUUUAUGCUCAUUGAAGCUUUUUUGCAGCUGAAUUAAUUGUAAUACAAUCUUGAAAAUGUGCAUGUGAGUGCAUUUAAAAAAACAAUUCUCCUCUUAUCAAUAUGAAUGUGUUUUUACCCUGCUGUGCUGCAGUCUCUCUGCAGCACAAUGCUGCACCAUCCUGCCCAAAAAUCUGUUUCUGCCUCACUCUCACUGUCCUAACAUUUAUCCCAAAGGAUGAAAACAGACUUGUGCUUUGUUAGCACUUUGACUAAAGACCUCUUUUUACAUCCAGAGUGCAUCCGCUGAUGACAUACAGAAUAAAAAUGUGCUUUUGAUCAUUUUCAGUGUUCUUUUUAAAUGAACACUUUUAUUAAUCUGUAUUCUGCAGUCAUAUCUACAAUACAAGAUGAGUUAAGGCUUUACCAUCUAAAGGACAGGCUGACCUUUUGCUACAGGACACAUUUCUGUCCCUCCCAACCUGACUCACAUCUGCAGGAGCAUUACUCAAACUCGUUUCCUUAAACACUUUCCUAAUGAUACUAUGAUUGAAAAUGGCGAGCUCUCCGUCUGAAGAGUUAACACGUUGAAGCGAAAUGUCAUGACGUGCAAAGUGAUCAUUUAUUAAUCAGCAUAUCUCACCGGCUUUGUGAUGGCAGUGAAGCAGACGUCACGCAGCACUGCAGUGACUCAGCUGUUUCUACCUGCUGAUGAACUCUGCCAGAAGCUGCAGGACAUGACGGAUGAUUCAUGCUUUACUGGACUGAGUCACAAAAUAAAUCUCAAUACAGAGCGCAGACAGCAAACUCUGAAACAACAGUGGUGGUUGUCCAAAGGUGUCGAUAAAGCACUGAUGAAAACAAUGAAGUUACUAUUGAUGGUUACCACAGCACAGUGAUUUAUUAUCACAUGCACAGUUUGCUGAGAGAUGUUGAAUGGACAGAAGAUAGCCAAUAGAUUUUUGAAUGAGGUAGAUAUUUAUGUCAGAAGUGAUAUUAAAUUGUAUUAUAACAGAAUUUACAGUAGACACUAGCUAGCAUCUAAAUUUGAUUAGAUUUUCUGUCAUUAAUCCUGAUGCAGAUGUGAUGCCAGUUAUGUCAAACUGCCAAUAAGCGUUUUAAUUAAACAGUAGGUCCAUCUCUAGCGCUGUGUGAUGCAAGAGUAGUCGUGGGAAAAGAGGGUGACGCAAACAGGAAGUCCUCCAUAAACCAGACAGACUCACAUCAUGUCAUCAUGUUUUUGCUGCGGUGUUAAGUGACCAAACAAAACACUCCUCCCAUUGUUUCUCUGGUGUACCUACCCUUGGACAGCAGAUAUAUACGUUAGAAAUUGCAACAUAGAAAUUGUCAGUGAUUAUUGGUCUUAUUAGCUUCUCUACAUCACUGCUCAUUUUCAUCUGCUUCAUAAAACUAGCUAUAAAUGAGAUUGACUCAGAGGAAGGUAUUUUAUAGAUAAAAUGAGACUGUAACAUAGGCUUGACAUUACUGUACAGUUGUUACUUAUAUACCUCAAGGCUUCAGUUAAGAAAAUAUUAAAGCCGACUGUAUUGACCCUGGCAGGGUAGCAGCAGGGCUCUACACUCUCAUGGUCAGAAAACAAAGCACCUCACCUCUGUUGAGAAGGGGGUAAAUUAGAUGAGCUGAGAGGAGGUGAAGAGCCUGAAUACAAGAUGAAUAAGAGCAUAAUUUGAUUUUGGGUUACCAGAAUCUUAGAAUGUAUUGAAUGAUACAGGAAGUGGUCAGAUCAUAGUACAGAAGAGGCUCCUGGCUGAGUCUUCAUGUUGGUAAAAAAAGAAGAAUCCAGCUGCUAUGAAGGAGGCGGGGCCAAAGACAGGAAAUAGUUGAUGUGGAAGCGUGACCCCUCUGUGUUCAACUGCACACAGAGAGAGGAAGGAGAGAGGGAACAGUGAGAGAAAGAGAGAGUCACUGAUGGUUGUGACAGCAAAGCUGGUAGAGCUGCGAGAGUCAAACAUCAGAGCUGCUGACAUGAGUUUGUGUCCUGACUGUCAAAACAAGGCCGAAGCUCCCGAGAGAGACAUGUCAGCAAAGAGCCGACGCUGCAGGAAGACACACAGAAAGUAAGUGUAGCUGUGAGACCAAGGAGUGGAUGUUUGAUAAAGUGUCUCUGGACUCUUCCUGUAGAGUUUAACUUUUUGUCAAUGAAAAAUAAGUUUAUCUCAUGGAAACCCUCUGUGAAUGGAAGUUACUUAGUUUUCAUGAAUGUGAGCUAAAGUCCGAAAAGAUUUACCUAAGGGUUGAAUAAAGUGGACUGUAUUGAAUAGUCUCAUAUUGUAUCGUCUUGUAUCGUCUCGUCUCGUCUCAUCUUGUAUCGUAUCGUAUCGUAUCGUAUCGUAUCGUAUCGUAUCGUAUCGUAUCGUCUUGUCUUGUAUCAUAUCACAUUGUAUUGUAUUGUAUCGUCUCAUAUCGUCUCGUAUCGUCUCGUCUUGUAUUGUAUCGUAUUGCAUUGUAACAUCUCGUAUCGUCUCGUAUCAUCUCUGAUAUUGCACUGUAACAUUGUGGUUCCAAUGCUAGGACCAAGAGAAGCUGCAAAUUCUCACAAUAGACAUUAAAGCCUUCCUUCUUAAUUAAGAAUAAAAGCUGUGAAGAGGAGACUAUUUUUAUUUCCAUCCUAGAUUAAUCAGUCUACUCACAGUUUAAUACUGCAUUUAAAAUGAAACAGGACUUAAUAAGAGAAUAGAGCCAAACCAAAGUUAGUGCUUCAGAUAUGAUUUUUUAAGACUUUUGAUAUCAACAGACUUGUACCAAAAUGGAUUUUUGAUUAUCUGGUUUGAGUUGGUCCCAAAGGUUGAUCAGUUUGUCAGCUUUUUUUCUCGUUGAACUAAAUGAUCUGUUUGGUCUGCAGAAUGUUGAGAAUUUGUGAAAUAGGGAUAUCACAGUUUUGUUUGUAUAGGCUAGAGUAUCUACAAUCAUACAGGCUCUGAACUCUUGUCACUCUGUGGAUUUAUGUGAUUCCCCAAAGUUUCUGUUGUCUCACUUCCCUAAAAACACCUUACACAUCAGUCCUGUGUCUGUCACACUUCUGUCUCUCUGACUAAACAACUCAUGAUUGGUUGGACUUCCCUCAUUUCUCAUCAGAGCUGUGAAAAAGGAAUCAGACCCUGGCUAUGCGUGAUGGACAUUGUCUCUGUGGUGUGGCAUCCUGAUGCUUUAAUGUGCCUCAGUUUGUGUGCGUGUGUCUGUGUGUGUGUGUGUGUGUGUGUGUGUGUGUGUGUGUGUGUGUGUGUGUGUGUGUGUGUGUGUGUGUGUGUGUGUGUGUGUGUGUGUGUGUGCGCAGUAGUUAUUGUAAUAAACAUAUUUAAACUCAUAAUCGCUACUUGUAAAUUAAAUUCACAAACCUGAGUAUUUUUAUGUUAGCAUAUUGUCAAAGAUGACAUUUGUUAUUUUUUAUCAUGAAUCAACUGUAGAUGGAGUCAUUGCACAUCCUGUAAAGCUGCAAUAACAUGCAAAGAUACAUUUUAAUGUAAACCUUUUUUAAAACCGUUUUAAAAACACUGAUGUAAUAGAGCUACUCAGACAUACCAAGGUUGUCUUAAUUUUCUAAGUUUUCUUUUUUCAUCGACAGCUAAUACCAGAAACUCCUCUUCCUCCUCUCCAUCAUAAUCUCAGGGUUCAGACCUGCUGAUAACAGAGAGGAGAAAGGAGCCGUUAUAUGUGUUAGUGUGUUUUGAUUAAUCACCUGUUCCCUGGCUCCGACCUUUGGCUCUGGGUACGACACUUUAAUCACACUUGGAAAUUGAAUUUUACGGCGGUGGGAGCAAGUAGACUUAAACCCUGCUUUUGAUUAAAGAAAGGAGGAUUAACACCCUCUUCUUGAGGGUCCUGUCACAUUUAUAUUAGUGUGCACUCUUUAUCUAGAAGAACUAUAAAAUACUGUGAUAACAGUCUGAACCCCUUUCUUCCAUUUAAUUACUAAAGCAUGGAAAGUUUGGGCUAUUCAAAACUUUUCAAUCUCAGUGAGGUCAGACUUGAUUUUUUUAUUCACAGGCUAUGCUUUAAAGACACGUUUUUGUAUUACCUCAUGAUUGUUGCUUUACGUGCCAAGAUAACUCCUACUUGGGAUCAUUUGAGGAUCAUUUGGUUGCCGUGGACCAUAUUUCAGGGUUUGGGUCCAGAAAACUUAGUACUUGGCAUUCAUGUGUAUAUGUCUGUGUUGGUGUCUACAUAUUGGAGCUGCAGAGCCCUGAUAUGCAGAGAAACAAAGCAGCUACUCAUAAAAGCAGUAAUAUUUCUGCAUAUUUAUUUAUAUUAUUUUUACUUUUUUAAAGAUAUAUUAUUUUAUUAUUUUAAAGGUGACUAUUUAGGUAAGUAUUUACUGCAACAUGUCCCACUGAGCAUUUUUUGGUCUAAAGAGGUCUAAUAGAUGUCUAAAUGCACGAUUUUUUAUCGUGUUGCAUUUAAAAUGCUGAAGGUCUAUUAGCCUGAGCUGGCCAUGCUUACCAUAGACAGUUUAUAAAAGUUUUCAAAUUUGCUUUAAAGGAAAAGAAAAUUUGAUGUGUUGCAUUUGUUUCCCCUGCUUAAUCUAAAAUAAAAGCACCAAACCAAGACCACAAAACUGAGAACCAUACCAGGCCAAACUUUUUUUGGUACACCUAUAACAUAUGUUUUUCUUGAAUCCAUUUAUGUCCAUCUUUGACCCCAACUCGCUUGGUUUUAUUUAUGUAAUUUAGGUCUUAGUAGUUUGUGGCUCCACCUGCAGUCAGACUGUUUUUGGUCUGACUCACUAAAAACUACUCUUCUCACCAAAAACCAACAGUAAAAUAUCCAAAACUCAAAAUAUUUUAAGUUAACCACAAGUUGACACCAUUUGAAUAUCUGUAUAAACAACCUAAACCCCCAAGCCCCACCUGCUGUAUCCAGGUGAGCAAAAACCAACUCACUUUAUUUUGAAUUGCACAAGUUUUUGUUAUGAAUUAACAUUUUAUGAUGCAGUUUCAGCCCAACAUGAGACUGGGGUUCAGCUACAAUGAGUGAAUCAGAGGCUGGUUUUCAACCCACCACCAGUAAUAAGUUCCUCUACCAGUUAAACUCCAUUAUUUUGACCAACUUCAUUCAGUCAGUUGUACGGUUUACCCUCCAAUACCUCUGAUUCUGCUGUCUCUUCUCUAAUCCUGCCGAACAACACUCACCAUGAUUCCCAGAGUUUGCUGAAACCUUUUUAUCACUUCUCAGCAGUGGAACAAGUGAGAAGGCCCCAGACUGACUGUGCUGACAGUCAGUCAUUCAGAGCAGCUUAGCAGUCACAAAGGAAACUGCUGUGGUGCACAUCAUUCACCCACGGUCUGCCAGGGCCCCUGUUUACCAGCCCUAAAGACCACCAGGCCACAGAUAAAGAGACCGUCUCCCACAGUCUGGAACAUUCUGCAGUGGUGGCUAUAGAGGGCGCUGUUCCAGCUCCUGUUUGAAAUACACAGGCUGUGUCACUUCGCUCUCUUAAAAUGUAUCAAAAAAACUUCUAUCCAAGGAGUAAUGUCGGAGUAAAUGCUGCUGAGCUUUUGUUGAAAUCAGCCAAUAGAAAAGGAGAUCAGGGGGUGAGCACGGGGUAAUGAGGUAAUGCCCCUGCCCUAUGUGAGGGGGUGACAUCAUCGCUGUGGCAUUCUGUGUUGCCAUGGAGAAGAAGGGGGGAGGGAGGGAAGGGGGAAGAUGACAAAUAGAGGCAACAAAAAAGAGGCUCGUGGGAAUGGGACGAGUGUGUCCUUGAAUGUGUGUGAAUGUGUGAACGUCUAGUGGAUCAAACCAACGCGUUUAGCCAAAGUAGGCUGAUAGACGGAUUGUCUUGUUGUCACACAGGUAUGUUAGUCCACGUGGGAAAUCCUUUGAGUUCUGUGGAAAAUGUUAGAAGUGGAAAUCUUGGCUCUGAAUUUAGGAAUCUCCUUCUAUUUAUGUCUCCUCUGAGGGGAGAGAAAAAGGGGUCUCCCCCAGACAUGUCUGCCAUCUCCUUGGCUUGACUUUCACCCUCCCAUGUGUGCAAGUGCCUGUGUGAUUCGGCUCGUUUAUUCCCCUUACCCACAACCCCUUGCUCUCUUUCACUUAGGUUGUAUUUCUUCUUUGUCUGUGAGGAUUUCAGCUUAGCCUGCAAGUAUGUUUAAAACCAGUCGAGCACUUUUCUGUCCUGCAGUAGACACAUUUGUUUCAGGCCAAGUACUCCUGACAUUUAUUGUCUCUUUUUUCCUGAUUUUACUUGCAGCCUGAGAAGAGCGAUGGAUUGGUUUAUUGAUCAGAAGGACUCAUAAGCGUUUUCUGCUGUCUGUGCAGAUAGAAAGGAGAUAGAUGACUGUCUGAGCCUGACACAGAUGAUGGGAGAUUUAAUAAUUAAUAAGGAGAUACACAGACACACACACACACACACACAUGCCCCCUUGUGUGUAUCUGUGUGUGUGUUCCAGAGGUGUGGCUCCAUCGUAAAUCUUUUAGCUGCGCAUCUGUCAGGUGGUCAUGAACCUGCUCACACCUCUACUAGAGGACACACACGCUGCUUCCUUUUUGCCCCCUCCUGGUUCCUGCAGCAGUGUCAGCCUGUGCGUCAUUUAAUGACCUGAGGCUACAUUUGCAAACACACACACCCACACACACCCACGCAUGAGAAGCUGCACAGAGCUGAGUGGUCAGAAAGGUCUGAGUAGGAGUCAGAUUAGAUUCUGGGAAAGGUUUAUUUUUUAGUCGACCAUGAUACAUUCAAGGCCCUGUCUUAAAAACAGAUUACAGACGUUCAUUAGUUUGAGAAAAUGAUCAAUUUUGGUGAGUUUUCGACAAAAAUCUUUAUUUGUUCAGUCUUGGUUUAGGAUUUACAUCUUUCUCAUAAAUGACAGAUUAAACUCUUCAGGUGUUUGGACUGCUACUGGACAAAACACAAGCUUGGGCCUGUUUGGAUGAGCUCUUUUUAGUUGUUUUUAGAUGUUUUAGAGACAAUAUUAUAUAACAAUAUAUAUAACAAUAAUAUAUAUUAAUUGAAUAUAAAAACAUAAGAAUUCAACAUAGAUUAUAGUCAUUAGCUUCUGUUUGAGCUGAGCAGCUGCAGGGCAGAUUCAUUCUGGAGAGCUUGCUGUCAUGUGAAACCACAACACUGUAAGUGUCAGUUCAAUAACUGAAUUAAAGGAAACAUUUAGCCCACAUUAAUAAUUAAUUGUCCAUAUACACUGCUGCCAUUUCCCUCAGUGUGAUUGUGUGAGUGUUUCAGGUGGAUCUCAUCUUUAUGAAAUAUAAAAAGAUCAGACUGUUGUUGGCCUGGAUCAAAUGCGUUGUCAUUAAUUAAUCCCUGAUUACAGUUUUUUUUUACCCUAUAAAUUCUUUGGUGUCUAAAACAGCAGAAAAUAGCUUGAUAUGUCUAAUCUCAUUGAUUUACAGCCUGAGGCAACAGCUUAAGUUUUAGAUUGCUUUUAUGUUUAACCAACAGCCCCAAACCCAAAGAUAUUUAAUUUACUUUGAGUACGACAAAGAGAGCAGCUUAUCCUCACAGUUUGGGGCUUUUAUUGCAUUUUAGUAUUCAGAAAACCCUUUUUUAAUGGACAAGUAGAUCUUACUCAAUUAUAACCUUUUAUCCAUAAUUGAAGUAGAUAAAACAGCAACACACUGUAGUCUUGUGUCUUAAAUGUUGUUAUACUGUACAAAGAGUAUUUUUAUCGUUUGUUUGAGCACCUGUGACUCAUUAGAUCUAGUUUGACACAUUUCCAUUUCCAUCCUCUUCACGGUUCAGUCCCAAGAGAAUGCGGCUCCAUUCAUCCUUUAAAACCUGAUCUUUCCCUCAUUCAGCUUCAGCUCAUUCAUAUCAGCAAGGGACGGAUUAAUCAUGUUAGGUAUUGACCUGGGUCAGAGUGCCAGCAUGAUGAAUAGUGAGCUCACUCUUUCAAAAACAUAUUACAUCAUAAAACUGUCCGGUGAAUUAACUCACUGAGAAUAAUAAAUGGCUGUAAAGCGUGGAUAAUUACUCUGGCAUAAUGUAAUGGUCAUAAUGUAAACAAUCUUUAUAGGCAGUGUUACAGGCUUAUGCGGAUAUAAACUGUUAACCUGCCAACAUCAGCAUGUUAGACUCACUCAACUAAUGGCAUGUUGUUAAAAUUUGCAUCGUCAUUUCUUCUUUGUUACUUGAUUUACCUGAAACUGUUCACAGUUACAGUAUCUUUGAAACCAGUAACCCAAAAGAUGGCAUGUUUCCUACAGAUUCAGAGUAACUGACUUUGACAGCACUCUGCUGGGAUCAAACCGUGUAAAAGUCAGACAGCAGAAGGUGAGAGGUUGGGGAAAAGGCGGCCUCGCUUUGACCUGGAAAAGGAAUUUAUUACACUACCAGACACUUUUUCUGUGGGGGAUUUAAGCAGGACAGGGGGGGAGACAGUUGCAGAUUGACUUACCCCACUCUACCCCACUUUCUCAUCUUCUCUGUUAUUGGUUGUUUCUAAACCCCCGGGGUUUGUAGCUGGGUUUCAUGGUGUUUCAAAGCCCCCUUUCUUGUCUAUUUAUGUAUUGACUUCUUUAUUAUUUGAUCUUUGUCUUUUUUUCUCAUUUUUUCACUGGUUUUUCAUUUCUUUGUUUUUACCUCAAACUGUAUUAUUGAUUGCUUUGCUAGCACGAACUAGAAGUUUGUCUCCAUUAUUUCAUUUUUGCUCAGUGUGGCUGAUAAGCUUUUCAUCCGGCUGCAGUUUUGAAGCAUCAUAGCCGAGCAGCCAAAGACUCUCUGAGCCUUUCACACUAAUAAUCCUUUUACAAGCCCGUGCCUAAGCGCACACAAACACACUCACACAAAAAUGCCAAAAUAUGAGCACAAACACACACACUGGUACAAAACUGGAAAAAAGGAAUUUGAAUUUUUAUUACUGUUGAUUUUUUUUUUGGUAACGGUCAUGGAGAUGUUGGGUUAAGCAGGGGCUCUGCUUUCUGUCCCCGCCACCUCUGAGAUAAAAUUCUUGUCCUGGAGGCAGAAAUUUGGCAUUUCCAUCUGGGAGUCACUAAUGUAUUCACCCAUAUCUUUAAUUCUCUGCUGCCACUCCCUGCUCUGCUCUGAGAGGUUUUACUUCGCAGGAACUAAACUUCAAAGCUUCGAUAUCCCUCUUUCCUCCAUAUGUCUGCGUACGUAUGCACCUGUGUGUGCCCUCCCUAGGUAUGACUUUGCCCCAGCAGGGCUUUGGAGGAUGCGUUUGCACUGAAAGGCCGUUAUCGAGCGGCUGAAAGCCAAGUCAGCUGAGUAGCUCCCGGCUUGGUGCUGCGGACGUCUCCUGAAAGCCUUGACCCACUUCCAAGUCCCCUUCCCCUCCUCCUCCUCCCCCUGCACCCAAACGUGCUGCAUACUGAAGCAGCUUCACCACAAUCUGCUGAGCUGCACCAAAGCUCUGCAUGCAGAUGCUGGGAAGAGGGUGUGUGUCUGUCUGUCUGAUAAAUAAAUUGUGCGUGUCUGUGUGUGUGUGUGUAUGCUCCAAGGUUUCGUGUGCAGGUACAAGCCCUUGGGCAAAGUCAAAGAGAGCUGAAGCCUUACUGAAUAUUUAAGUGUGUCCUUUACAACUUGUACUUCACUCACCAAGCUCAGACAUUUGAAACAGUGAAGUGUCCUCUUGUCUUUGACCAAUGCUCAGUGUAGAUAUGCAGAUUUCAGUCAGAUCUUUUUGAACAGUUAGGUAAAAGACAAUACAAUACGAGCCAGCAGCAGACCUGCUUUUGUGCUGCUUUAAUCAUAGAUUAGACCAGACUACUGGAUGUAGACAGUGUGCAAACUCACUUAGACACAGACACAGAGAUUUACACAGAUUAAAAAACAAAGACACUCAGCUUGCAUGCAUGCAAACCCAAGUGCACCAACUCGCACGUACACAAAUGCUUGUAACAUUAGCAGGAGGAUUAGCACACAUUUUUAUUUGUGGCCUCAUGCUGAGCAAAUGUGCCAAUUUAGCCUCCAUGACACGCAAAGAGAUUAUAAUGAAAAUGCACAUAUAUGUAUUUUAUGAUUAGAAUUAAGACCUGUGAGAAACUAACUGGUUUAUUUGGGUGUGUAUCUUUAGUUGGUGUGUUUAAUGGCUCAGUAAUCACAUUGCACUUACCCACUCCCUCUCUUUUGAAAUAUUUUUUCUGAAGUAAGAGGGAUUAAUGUUUACAUACUACUAUUAUUAUUACAUCUGCAUGUGCAUUGCCCUUUGUUUAGUGAUUUGCAUGCAAGUAAACCAAAAGUGUCUUUCACAUCCUUUUUUCCUCAUAGCUCCUUCAUUAUUCGCCCGUUCAACUGUGCUCCGUCGUCUCCCUUUAACUCUGUUUGCAUUCGACGUCUAUCGGACUGACAUCACUCUGGACUUUUAGAGCAGCUUUUCUGUUGAUAUCUGGUGACAGAUGGGCAGAUCUGUCAGAUCAGACAGUGUUCUACGGACUAAUAAGUCUGAUACAGAGCUCAGUAGCUAUCACAGGAGACAAAGAAGAAGUCGAUUAAAGCUCCUGUGAGGAAUUUUUAGCUAAUAAUGUAGCUGACUUGGAUGAAUACUGAUGCCUUUUUAUGAUCUACAAAAGAAAACCAGAUACUCAGGAAGAGGAUCGAUAAUACAUUUUUAAAAAGGUACCACUUUUCCCACUGGGGUCUCUGAAAUCAGUGCCGCCCAAAGCUUUAUAUUGAAAGCACAGAACUGAUCAUUACAACUUGACAAAAAGGCAAACAAACACUCUACUACCUCCUCCCAGUUACAAAAACUAUCAGUUUUGAAUGUUUUUUCUUAAACGUAAAUCACACAAAGUGAGCAGCACUCUUUGUGUUAAGAAAUACUCACUUAAAUAAUUGUACAUUUCUUAUAUACAUGUUUUAAAGAGCUACAUCCAUGCUUUUAGGCUCCAUAGUGGUUUUCAAUAACAACACUAUACUGAGGUGAAAGUUGGUGUUGUGUCAUCACUCUCUCAUUCUCAACUUUUGUUGUACACUAACAUUUUUGGCUGAAGAUUUUAAACGUCUUUGUUUAAAAAGCCCUGAAGUGAAACAGAAGUGUAGUUGUGCAAAUAUAGUAUAAAUGAUUCUGGGCUCUAAAAGAUAUUUAAUUCAAGUUUACUUUUGUCACUGAUAGAUUUGGGUUGUUGAAAAACUUGACACUUGAUUGUUUUGUCCUUGUGUUUUUUCCAUCUCCCUCUGAGUCGACGUCUAUUCUCAUUUAUUUGCUCUUCCUCAGUUGAGGUGAUGAGUGUUAGAUCCACUGAGGGAUGUAUUAUUAUAAUGAAAGCUGUAAUUAUGAGCCCUGCAGACUAUCAUUAGGCAUGUACAAGUAUAGUUUGUAAAGUGUUGUAGAUCAUAAGAUAACAAGAUGUUCUGUCAACACAAAAACACCUUCAAUUACAGAGAACUAUUUUAGGUGCAGUAGAUUUUUGGCUGCUGAUUAAGUAACAGGCUGAUAAUGACUUUGAGUUUUCCGCAAACUUAUAUGUGAUGGAAAAUAUUACUAUUAGUGCUAAACUUGAAAAUGAUGGUAAUACUUGCAUAAUUAAUUGGUUUGCAUGUCUCACUCACGCCAUUUUAAAAUGACAAAGACAAAGAGAUACCAAUAUUUAUUCAACUGUUAAUUCAUCUCUUUCCGUGUCUUUUCUCCUUUCAGGUGUUGCGAGUGUAGCGCCUCGCUGUCCCACUGGUAUUAUGAAAAAGAUGGACGUCUUUUCUGCAAGAAGGACUACUGGGCCAAAUUUGGGGAGCUGUGCCACGGCUGCAACGACCCAAUCACAACAGGCCUCAUCAUGGUAAGAGGAUCCAUCCCCAACUCUCAUCUCUCCUCACCUCCCCGGGCCUUUGUUAGUUAAUGAAACCUGGAUUAUAGUCAGGACAUAUGAAACCCACAGCAUGCACAAUAGAGUACACACACUAAGAGCCUCACCGGUAUGUGUGUGUCAAUAUACACAAUGCAUGUAGGAUCUGCGCCAGACCUGUAACUGACCAUGAGGUCGUUGUCAGAUUGUUUUACACACCACCAGUGAAAGUUGUUGCUGUUGUUGUGACACACGAGAGCAGGCAGGUUCAUGUGGUCAAAACAAAAGAGAGCAGACAAAGAAUAGAGUGAGGCUCUGCUGUUAAGUGCUGCUGCAUUAUAGAGAAGACCGAACACAGGCAUCAAAGCAGAGUUAUGUUUCUUCUUGUGGGAUGCUGAUAAAAUCAUGCGCAGUAUGAUACAGUAUUAUGUCGUUUUUAAUGUGUAUGAGGAUACCAUUCUCCUGCAGCAGCUCAGAGAUAUGUCCGUGCAUUACAGAGUUGCACAGUCUGUAGUUUAAGUCGUGUGUGUGCGCGUGUUAAUCCCCUGGCUCAAAAUGGACUCCAUUCUGCUGAGGAGGUCAGAGAGAUGCAGCUUAGGCUGUUUAAGUGCUGAUUAGGCAGCGAAGUGCAUUUUUUAGUGUUCUGCUCAUUAAGGCUAGCUCAAAACCAAAUGUCAGGAUGUCUUCUGGGCUUUUGGUACAGGAGAAUUAUACAGGGGAACGCUAACAACUUUAUUUUUGAAAGCUUUCAUCUGUAGCUGAAGUUGGAUAUGAAACUAGAUGUGUCAACAUGUUAAAAAAAAUAUAUAACUGUCAGUACUCAGCUUCAAAAUAAGGUUUGAUUUUAAACAAAGUACCAGCACCACAUAGUUUUUAUUCCAGAACAAAUAUGGCUGUCACAAAAUGCUGUGUGAUGCAUGAUCUGCCUCUGGAGCCACCCAAAAAGCCAACCUCAGGACUGAAUCAAUAAUUCACAGGCUGUUUGCAGGGCCUCGGACAGGAAAAACAGGUCAAAGUAAAAAUCUGAGUUCAUUCAUUCAGUCCACAUAAAGCAUCUCCUCUGACACAUUUACCUCCUGGACCGAUCCCGUUUCUCGCCGGUCAUGUGUCACGGCCGCAAUGAACAGACAUCAUUCAUGGCUCGGCCUUUCUCUGCAUCUCUGAGAGGGUGUAUGUGUGUUUGAGAGUGUAUUUUAUCAUCUACACAACCUUCAGACAGCUUGCCCUUUGCAGUGCAAUCUCGAUAAUGAAACAUGGAGGAGACUGUAAAGUGAAUUAGGUGGAGAGAUGGCUGCACCACCUCUCCUCAUCCUAUCCUUCUCUUGUUUAUUACCUCUAUCCUUAACACCCUGAUUGAUUGUCUGUCUCUGUUGGUCAGCCAAAACAGCUGAAAAUGCAAUGAUGACCAGGCUAAUUGUACCACAUGUAGCCGUGCAGACCAAGGUCAUCUUACCCUGUCUGUGCCACAACCAGGAUGACGGAGAAGUCUACUUCAGUCCUGCAGAGUCACUCUCUGUGGGUUGGCAGCAAGUAAUGAACCUAUUUUUGAAAUCACUGAUGGCGCCGCACCUGAAAAAGCUGCUUUCACUGCCACUGAAAACACCUUGAGCUACAUGUUUACAAUGUGAGUCAGAGGUGUACUAUUGGUCAGCCUGACACAGCCUGUGACCGUAUUUUUAAAGGCUUUGGGAACAGCCUUUUAUUUUUAUUCCCACCAAGGGUGUCAUUAUGCUGUUAUGAUUGUUUGUCCCUUUGUUCACUUCAUAUAUCUGUAGAACAUCUGGAUAAGAAAACAACAAACAGCAUUAGAUUUAUAUGCUUUUACUGAGACAGUAAAAAGUGGUUAAAGGUGGGAUAGGCAGAAAUCAGUUAAAGAAGCAUCAUUUUUUGUGGCGUAGGUACAAAAAGGCUUUUAAUAUCAGUCAAAGCUAUUAGUUAUUGAUGACAUUUGGUAAUAUAAUGAUAUCACUGUGUUUUGUUAUGUCUAUGUAGUCAAUAUUUCAAAAUUCUUGAGCGGCCCGCUCUUUCUGAUUGUAAACAAAGCCAUUCCCCGCCUCCCCCAACCUGAUUGGUUGUGAGGUGGACGCUGCUCCCCUGUGUCGUUCCAAACAAAGUUAGCGUGCUAUAAUAUCGGACAGUAGAAACCAACCAGAAAGUACAGAAAAUUUACUGAAUCCUAAUUUGGCCACAACUGCCGACACAAGCAAGAAAACGAUGUAAAUACAGGAGACUCUGGUGGAAUAAUGGGCGCUUAAAAAGCCAGGUCAACAUCAGCAUAAACGAAGGAGAACGCUUUGGGAUCUUAUGGACCCUGUAACCUUUCUGCUGGACAGGUAAACCACUUUAACAAAGUAAGCCAAGUGUCUGUAACAGAAGUGUUUCUUGCCAAACGGGACCUGCUGCAUGUUGUACCGCCACUAAACUGUUGACCUCUGGUCCUGGACUAUGUCACUUUAUCCUAGCUGUCGAAGUCCUACAAACAUUGUGUUUGCUGGUAGUCUGUUGGCAUCUACUGUAGCACCAAUGCUUUUUAAUUUCACACUGACUGGGCCCCAUUUGUAAUUAUCUGAAGUAUUUAUCUGCAUUAUAUCUGACUUUAAUUGGAACAAUACGAGCGAGCAGGAGCGUCUGUUUGUGGGCGGGGCUUGCUGGAGCGGAGAGGGAGGGGAGAGGAGGAGCUGAGGGGAAAACUGGUUCAGAGGGGUAGUGUUUACAUUCAAGAUUUCUUCCCAAAACUGUCCCUUCCUCAGAUCCUGCCUACCCCACCUUUAACACAUUUUGUGACCCCAGGUUAAUUGUUUUAAGUUUACAAAAACCCUCAAACUGAGGACUGGAUUUGACAGAGGAUGUUAAUGUCUCUCCAGACAGGCCUCUCCAUCCCAUUUUCACUGAAUGUGUUGAAGAAGCAGAUCUUAAUGCAAGAUUUUUAUCACAGAGAGUGUUGCAUCUGGUUAUUGGAUGUGUUAUCCAUCUAAAUUUUCUUGACUUUUUGAUCAUAUCAAUCAUAGCAGGAUAGGAUUGCUGUGGUUUCGCUGAGAGCUUUCAGGUGUAUACAGGUGUGUGUAAUCAGCAGCUUCAGCCAGAGGAUUUCACUCAGUUAUUUACAACCUGACUCAGGCAGAUAUAUAUGCUGAAUACUCAGUUAACUAAAGCAAUCGAGUUUCCCCUCGACCACCUCUCCUUCAUUCUGUCCACCACCGCUCCUCCUAACAGAUGAAUGUACAGCGACGUCCACAUACACUUUAGAGUCCGUCAGCCUCCCUGCAAACAGCUCAGGGCGGAGAGCCAGCUGAUGGGAGCACGGCCAGACAUCGACCUGGGCCUGGUUAAUGUGCAGAGUUUGGGAGAAGCUUCUAGUUUCACAGUUUGUUUUUAUCUUUCAGGUCAACACUGAUCCCAUAGACUUUACUCCACAUGGAUGUAGCCUCGCUGACCUAACCCUUUUGUUUCUAAAGAAGCGUUAUAAAGUGGUCAGCUUAUUUGAAAUGUUGUGUCCAACUUACUCCUGAACCCUGUAUAAUAAUGAUAAAGUCAUUGUAGCGACUGCUUUCCUUCAACAAAAAGGCCGCUGGGGUUUAGGUUGGCUUGCAUCUGUGACGUGUUCAAUUAUCAGUCCAGUUUGAGUGUUAAAAAAGUGGUUUAUUGUUCAAAAAAGAAAAGAAAACAUGCUGAUCCAGCUCUAAAACGUUUGCCUUUGAAUGAAAAAGUGAUAAGAUGAAAUGAGGUUAAAACAAGAUGAAUGAAACGGUGAAAAAAUAUGGAAAAUGAUACCAAACCAAUUGUCUGACUACACCUGUGAGAUUUAAAUAACCCGCCAAACAACCCCAAAACUACACCCCUCAGUGAUGAUCCCCGUCAGUGACAUACCUGUAGAAAUCAUACUUUCAACAAAUAUAUUUUGGCUCCUACAGUCAUGAAUGUGCUUUUUUUGUGUGAACACUGAGGGAGGUUUUUGUGUCUCAAGUGUUUCUUGGAAGUGGACACUGAAAGAGAAACUAAUAAAAUUCCCCUGAUUGUGCACGUUCUUAUGAGAGUCUUUGGUACUUUUUCAGUCAUAUGUUUGUGAAGUUGAGAAAUUUUGAUCACACAAUCUGAAUGUCACAUAGUGUACUGUACCUUUCCCAACAGACCCUCACCCCCCACAGUGCUCAGCUGUGAUUUUCUGUUUCAGUCAUUCUGAUGUAUAUAUAGCAGACAUGUGGUCCUUGACUUUAUGGUAUUGAGACUGGCAUGUCUGACUAAUAUACUCUGCCUUCUGUGGUUAAUAUUUGGAAACAAUGAUAUUUACUUGGGAAAGUCCCAGAUUCGCUGUAAACUUCAUCAGCCCCCUCGGGUGGGAGGCCGCUCUGUUGUUGAAUAGAAAUCUGCUCUUAGUUUCAGUAAACGCCUGAUAAUUUUAUUACCUCUAAGUGAAGACAGACGUGUGUAAUAAUAAGUGUUGGGAAAUAGCUUUUCUUAAACUGUUGCUGUUCAUGUUGUGCUGUUAUUUUCGUAAUAACAGGAUUAUCAGCUGGUGAUUUCAUCAGUGACGUUCACAGAGGUCACAACUCUGUGUCAAAACCUGUUGUACAAAAAAACAAGUUUUCUUAUUUGUUUGAUUACCUCUAAAGUUCAAAGGUCAGGCUUGCAUACAGAUGACCAUGUUUAACUGUUGCAGUCUGUGUCUCUUGCUUAAGGACGCUUUGCAUGAAUUGCUCCAUGCUGUGACUGACACUCUUACAUCACAAAUGAUAAUAUUGUCAAUACCAACACUUGCACACCUACGUAUCGUUCAACAAGCCCGUGAUCUUUGCUCAAAAGUGUUUUUGACACUUGAGACCCAGUUCCUCUUUCCACAGUGGAAACCGUGACGUGGAGCAGCAGCCUCUGUGGGCUGAAAUCCCCCCAGUGGCACCACUGUGGGUUGUUUGGUUUUACUUUUGAUCUGACUGAAAGCAGGUUUGAUUAGACACAGACGCAAAGUAUUCAACAUGAAAUGACUGAAUAUGCUUUUCAGUGUCAACACCAAAACAUAGUUUGAAGCUUUACCACUUCGCACACAAGGGACAAAACAAGAUGUUGUUCAUGUUUAUGGUCUAGUCAUGAGCUCAAACACAUAAUUACAUUUGCUAUGUUCAAGUACUACAUUCACAUGAAACAGGCAUUUGUCUUGAAAAUUAUCAGCCACCCGAAGAGGUUUUUACUCUCCAAAACUCUAUUUUUAGACAUGCUAUUUUUAACUUUUCAUUAAUAACAGAGAGAGGCCGCCUGUUAGAGUCUGGUUAAAGGCCCAAGUAAAACUUAAAAUCAUUUUAGCCUCGUACAUGAGCCACAUCUGUGCCAUGGACUAUCAAAAACAUAGAUGUGGUCUAGAUUAAUGUUGAGUCCAACUAUCUGUAAUAAUUGACCAUGUCAAGUUGUACCAAUAAAAAAAUGUAGAGAUUUAAACUGUGUGUUUGAGCCGGGCUGCAAAGAUGUGUAUUUCUGCUGUGAUAUUGAGCAUUUUUAUAUGGGCUUUGACGUGGUCCUCUCGGCUUUAGUGGACACUUGAGGAGGCGCAGCUUUUGCACACUUUUCUACCACAGUGCUCAGUUUUAGCAGACAGCGCGUCUUACGAAAUGCUGGAAAUUUCUAAAUUUAUGCUUAAAUGUUGUGGUGGGGAAAUUGUUCGUUAAGUUUAAAACUGUAAUCAAAACAAAGAAGUAGAAAACUUUUGUGAGAUUUGCUUCUAAACCCUGGACUUUGUAAUCAGAACAGAUUAGUGAGCAGACCUAACACCUUACAGUCACUGUGGAUUUUAUUAUUAACGUGCCACUGUGCCUCUAAUUCAUUUAAACUCCAUUGUUGUUUAAGAUCUACUCAUCAACCUUUGCCCUGGAUGUUACUGUUCGUGAGAUUUUCUCUGGUGCAGCUUCACUCCCACUGUAACUUAAUCAAGUUUUCUGUACCAGACCUCUCUCCCCCUCUUUCUCGUUAUCUGACCAUCUAUUAAUAUCUGCCCACUCAGAGGGCCCUCCAGCACUGGCAUGCAGUGUGAGGAAGGGUCCACACUUGGCAUACAGAACAUAUUUUGGGGACAAAGUGAGAUAACAGGGACAGGACACAGUCUGUCCUGGGUGAUGAGAGAGUGACGCAGCAGCACAGAGGUUAUACAGGUCAGAAGAGAGAUUCUUUCAUUGAAUUUCAGUGACUUCGUGAUAAAUUUGUUUAUACCUAAUAAUAAAAAAUAAUAAUUUGGCAUUUUUAAUCAAGAUAUGAUCCUGAAAAACAAUCAAGAACACAGGAUUUAUUAGAAAUGAGUCUUUAUUUGUAACAUCUAUAUGCCUAAAACAUUGUUGAUUUUAUUCCAUGUACAAAUAACUAAAUAAAUAAGAUUUGAAAACACAGUUAAAUUACCCUAAAAUCACGAGUCCUUUACAAAAUGUCCUGGCAGUCACUUUCACUGGUUUUGAAAUGUGAUUUGCAGGAAUAGAAGCAGCAUGGUAGAGGAGGAGGAGAGAGGAAUUUACUAAAGACACAGCGGGUGGGGGUGGGGAGGUGUAUGUGUAUGUAUGUGGUUGGAGCGUGUGCAACAGUGGGCAGGCCCAAACAGGAAACGAUGAGGUCAUAGCAAAAGUAAGAGAGGGGUGGAAGAAGAGAGGGAGGGAGGGAGGAGAGAGAGAGAGAGAGCCGGGGGGGAGUGACACUGAUUCAAAGAUGAGCUCAGCUGCAGAGGCGUGGGCUGCUCUCUCUCUCUCGCUCUCCUCCCUCCUCCCCCUGUAGCUCCGUCUCUCCGGCCGGCUUGGCCGCUGCCAGUGUUUUGUUGUGACAGCGGGGGAAUCGCCUGCCUCAGUAGAAUGAACUAGAGGAGCAAGAGGAGACGCCGGCUGUGGCUGACAUGGUGGGAGACCUAUUUUUCUGGAGCUUCUGCUGUCUCAGGCUGUGGAAGAAGGAGAAGAAGGUGAGGCUGCUGCUGCUGCUGAUGAUGAUGGUGAUGGUGGGGGUGACUUGGGUCUCAGGGGUGAUGUACAGUAGAGCGAGAGCUGCAAGGGAGCAGGGAGGAAGACUGGCUCAAGGAGACGGUCUUUCCAUAGUCAUGUCUUUAAUUUGAAAUGUGAAUCUGAAGCAUGAUUCAGAAAGCUGCCAUAUUUUGUGUGUCAUUUCAAACUGGGUCAGUGCAACGCCGGGCCAAUCUGUUCCCUCUUCUCUGCAGAGCGCUCCAGUUUUUCUUUUUUUUUUUCAUGUCAUGAAAAUGUGAUGAGCCAUGGCACGUGUCCUAUUUAUAGAGACCAUUAUUGUGCGGAUAAAAGUCGUGUUUGAAGCUGUGCGAGUGCACACAUUUAAAGACAGUCUCAUAACUGUGUCAGUGCACCUGUGUUAUUUUUAUUUACCACCUUCGUGCCAGCAACUCUGUAAAGCCCAGAUAAACAGAGAGGAAAGAAGAAGCUGAAUGCAAAUAAAGCAUUUCUAAAGCUGAGGCCUGUGUACAUACUGUGGUUCUGUACUGUUUGUAGCUGAAGGGGGUUUCCAUUCAGACAGCAUCAAUGUAGUCCACUGUUUUCUCUCUCAGGCUUUCAGUGUAAUUGUAUUUGCCUACAUGAUGCCUACAGUAGGAAGUCUAAAAGGAAUCAGUAUCACGCCUUCAUGUGAAUUUGUUGCUGAUCUAACAGUCUUGAUUGCAGCCGUGUGAAACAUCUCAACCACACUGUGUUUUUAUCAUUCUUUGGCGCUUAAGGAAUUCCCUUUGACACAUAUUUGUGAUAUGACCCAGUUGUAUUUCUCUCUGUGGGGAGUAUCAGGUAUCUCCUUCACGUGCUGUUUCUCCUCCAAACAUUAGAUCAUUAUUUAAAAACCGGUUCUCCUGUUGAUUCUGGGAGCUCGGUCACAUGUGGUCUGUGUUUUUGAGUUCAGAUAAUGAAAGGGGUUGUUGGGGUGAAGUUCGUUACCUCAAACGUGAGGCUAAGCAGAGCCAGAUUUCCCGUAAUUUAGUGAGGCUCUUCAGAAGCACCUUCAGCAGUGUUGUGAUGAGGUCAUUGUUCCACAUUUAGUUGUAAAGGAGUGAAGUCAGUGGGUCCGAAACAUGGUUUCUGUGAAGCUUGUAGAUGUAAUGAGACCAGAGGGUAUACAAAGUUCCCUAAUCAGGUCCAGCUGUGAAUAAAUACUAACUAAUCUGGUACAAAAUAAAACCCUGCAAUGUGAAAUACAUUAGUAUGCCUGUGGACUGUUAUUUACAGAUCCUGUGUUGCUCUUCUGUUGGGACAUGUUUUCCACUGUAAUUGCAAAAUAACUCAAUAGAAAUUCUGCUUUUUGCUGCCACCACUGUGUCUUCAUCGGCCAUGUUGUCCUUGCUCUUCUCUCCUUCCCCAGUUAAAGCAAACCCUGCACUAAACCUCAAAUUGAUGGUAUUCUGAGGGCAGCUAUCGGAUAACUUUGGCUUUAUCUUAUUGGCCAAAUGGUUGCAAUGAUGGCUUGUGUAUACAUGGCUACACAAUUCAAUGGUCAAAAGUUUGAAUGCAAAAUGUUUUUCACGUUAUCAGACUUUUGGUUCAGGUGUAUCUUGCAGGUUCUUAUGAAAAAGAUGAAGAUAAUACUCUUGAUUUUGCAGCCAAAGCAUUCAACCAAAAAUCCCAACAGUGCCUGUUUUAGACGGCUCCAGGUAGCAGCACAUCCUGAGCACAUCUGACAGGGUUGAAGCAGUGACUUGUGAGCUUGCAGUAGAUGAUAAAUGAUCAAGAAAUCAAAAGUAUCAAUUAACCUUCAUUUAAAAUGAGCUUCUGUAAGUUUUGUAAAAAUGAACUUCCAUCAUAAAAUAGUAAUGUGCUCUGUGGAAGUCCUUAAAACUGACAAGAGUCCAAAUAUCGUGAGGAGUCUGAACAUAAUAAAAAUUUAAAUGUCACUGGGGUUCAGUGAAAUUUCUGGUUUACUCCAAGUUUAUACUGCACAGCAAUGUUGUUAAUGUUUUAAAAGCCCAGACAAGUAUGUGUUGGACACGACUGUGCAUACAGAUUCACUCAUAUAUUUGUCCAGACAAGACUUUCAGAUCCGUAAAGUCAUGCCUUUUCUUAGAAAAUGGUUUUACAAUUCCCAGAAAGUCAGAUACAGUUAAUAAUCGUCUUUGCACUACUAAUGCUUUGCUAAUUCACUCUCUCACCCAAAUAUAAUCAAUAGGAAACAUUUGAAAUGAUGUGGAGAAAUUGGAAAGUUUUGUGGGGAGAAUCUGAAAUGUGUUGAUAACCUGCUGCAAAGUGAUGCUAGUCAAGAAUGAAAACUAAUUGAUUCUUUUUCAAACAGGACAAAUGCAAAUGCUAUAAAACAGAAGUGAGAGAAAUUCUACAUAUUUACUUGACCACAAAUCUAUACUUCUUUAUUCUUACAUCUAUCUUCAGCUUUCCUCUUUUAUAGUUAGCCAUCAUCAGUUUCAUCUAAAAAAAAAACAUACCAUGCAAACGUCCACCGAAGUGGAAGCUCCGCUCAGAAAGUGUCAAAAAGUGUGACAGACAGCCUGAAAGAGUCAUCAAGUGUCUGUGACUUAUUUCCAACACGCUGUUAGGUGUUAAGUGUCGCUGAGACCAUUAGAGCGUCGUAAAUUUCUCCAAACAGCCUAAAAGGCUCCGCUCACAUUCCACAGGAAACCUGGUUUGACACGUAUAAAUCAUUAAAAACAAAUAAAGUUUAAAGGACCAGACUCUCCAGACCCAGAGGCUCGAGUCCUUCCCUCUCAGCCUGAAUAUGUUAGGACAUUAGCUAGCAUACCUGAUACUGUUCAUAUCAUAAAACCUACAUUUCCCAAAGUCUGAAUGCUUGAGGACAAGGCAAAUAUUGUUGGCUGUUAAAACUUAAAUUUGGGCAGGUAUGUCAUUACUUUUUGAUGCUACGGUAUCUGUUAAAAGUAAAUUAGUCAGCGGGAUGUAAGCAUUAAGCAAGUCUUUUCCUGGCUGAGAUAUUAAAAUUUGAUAGUUUGAAUUAAGCAAGAGUGAUUUCACAAGUAAUCCUUGAGAAGGAAUGGUCAAAUAGCACGUAAGCACUUACUAUGCUUUUAUACUUUGUGUGCUUUGGACACACUGACUAACAAACAGUAGGUCAAAAAGUGUGUUUUUUUUAUACAAGGUUACAGACUUAUAAGUAAUUUAUGUAUUGUUUUUAUCUUUGGGUUUUCCCUUUAAAGAAAGCCACAUACUCUUUUUUUUUUAUAGUAAGGUAACUGCAGCUGCAUCGCCUCAAGCUCUCAGUUUCCCUUGUAACUCAUUCCAGGGCAGAUAUGUGCUCACAGAGUUUGGUUUAUUGUCUCUUGAAUACACAACAAGCAGCUACAGAGCAGCAAACUUGUAGUCAUGCACUCGUGAGGGUGAUGAGCUAACUCCCUAAUAAUAAAAUACACCCUUAGAGUCUGGAGACACACACACUAAUCUGUGUUUCAUGAGGAUAUGAAAUCGAACUGGUGGUGUGCCGAUUCAUGUGAUGUUUCUUGAAUCUGCCUUUUGAGUAACUAUCACAUGGUAAUGAUAUAGAGCCUAGUCUUAUUUUGAUUUUCUGUUGCUCUGAAUCUGCCUUUAUACCAACGGUUUAGAGAGGAAGUAUGAACUUCAUGUGAGGACAGCAGCUGCUGCCAGCCAAAUGUGGUUUAAAACGGGGUGUGGGUCUGUGUAAAAUGAGUGUGUGAAAGUGUGUGUGUGCAUGUGUGUGUGUGUGUGUGUGUGUGUGUGUGUGUGUGUGUGUGUGUGUGUGCGUCCAUCAUGCCUUCAUGGCAAGCAAAUGGCAGCCAGAGUGUCAGGGCACACACCCCUUUCAUCACAGUCCAGCUGUCCUCUCUUCCUGGCUUUCCCAUUUGCAGGGUUGCAGGUUUGUGACACACAAAACAAAACGAAAACACACACACAGCAACCCACAAAUCUGGUGCAUCAAAUAAUGAUCAAUUACUUUAUUGUCAAAAUAACUGUAAAUUAUUUCUCCAGCCCAUAGAAAUGUAAUCUAAAGUCCUCAGAGUCUCUCCUCAUUUCUCUAUCUUACUUUUGCUUUUGUUUGUCAUGUUUUAUCUCACUCGAGAUGUCCAACAGUGUUGUUUAUGUCUAUUCUUUAUGAGUCUGCAUGGAGCAGAUAUAAAGACAUUAAGUUGGUCAAUAAGCCCUACAGCUGCCUUGUCUCUUGUCCAUUACUGAAGCCAUUACGCCUCUGUCUUCUUCUCUUACUCUCUCCGUCUCUGCUAUAAAGCUGUGUUGUCUACAUGAACGUUUCACAGCAUGUCCAGGAAAUAAAAAAUCCCUUCAUUUGCAUGUUGGCUUUUUUUUGUUAGUUGUUUGACACUUGGAGAAAGCUGGGAUAAAAUAAAGUCAGGAUGUCAUCACACCCCCUUGUAUCAAAGCCAAGCAGUGGCAUGUUUUCCUGUUUGGCUGGAAGGAUCUCCUUGAAUUAAUCCCUUAAAAAGCAGUUAAUUAACACGCUUGUACAUUGGCUGGAGGGCUCCUAGUCUGUUGUUGAUCUGUUUGUGUGUGGUAUCACUGCUGCUCUCUCAGAAGGGUGGGGCUGCAGACAUAUGGUCAUGCAUAAUGAUUUUAUUGAUUCUUUGAUCUUCACGUUUUCUUCCUGUUAGGCUCAGAUUUCUGUGUUUUGUUUCAGUUAAUGCGCCAUUAAAGGAGAGUAUUUCUUCCCAAGUGUGUUUUUUUAAUUCUGAUUUUGAUUUCCACUUGCUUUCAGGAUGCAUUUGUGAGCUUAUAGUUUGCUCUUCUGUGAAGUGAAGUACAAAAACUUGGUUAAAAAAUUCAACUUUAUGAUGUAGAGAAUUUGUUUGAAUAAUGCAUUGCAAAUUUUACCUGCUUUUUAAAGAGAUCUGAUUAAAAAAUAUUGUUUCUGCUUCUCAAAUAACAGCUCUGCUUAUACAAAUCCUUCAAUUCUAUCAGGUUUUUUUUAUUUUGCCUUAAAUUGAAUUUUCUUUGUUCAGCACUCGCCCAUACAAUGCCCCUCCUAACUCCUCUAAUACUUCAUUAGACUUGCAGAUCACUGCAGUUGAGCGAGGCGGACAGGGGCCCACUCCCUUAAAAAUGUUCUGCCACUCAGCAUAAAACAAAACCACAAACACCUCAGGCCUCUGGAGAGCAAACGCCGCCUGUAGCCUUGACUUGUAUGUUAAACAUGAGCUCCCGUGUUAAGCACUGAAGGUCAUUAGAUGUGAGAGUGGGUGGAUCAUUAGCAUGGAUCAAGGCAGAUUUACCUGAAGGAGUUUAGAGGGGUCGAUAUGUGAAAGUGCAGGCUGCUUUAUUGAUUCGUCAGCGCACCAGCGUCACAAUAAGGACAAUGGAUUUAAAGAGCAACAGUAAAAGUGAUUUAUUACUUUCAUAGUGUUCGGUCAGAACAACACCAAGUGCUGGAAAUCUCCACCUGCUGUAUCAUCCUCGGUUCUGUGUGUGGGAUUAAUCAGCUCGAGGCCUGCUCUGUGUCUCUCAGCCAUAACUCAAUUCCCUCUCCUGAUUGUAGACCGCCCUGAGCUCUGCUGGAGCAUCUGGCUGUAAUGCUUUCAAUCUCACUGUUUAACUAUUACCCUCAGUGACCAGACCUUGCCCUACUUUCCUGAUCAUUUAUUACAGCGUCAUGUUGCCUGUUGUCCCAGUACUACCACUUUGACACAGCUGCACGUUUAUUCUCCACAGCAUUUUUAACUCUGUGAUUGUUUCUUUUUUUCUUCUGGCAGGUUGCAGGAGAGCAGAAAUAUCACCCUGAAUGCUUCACCUGUCUGAACUGCAGGGCGUUCAUCGGUGAUGGAGACACAUACGCUCUGGUGGAGAGAUCCAAACUCUACUGGUGAGGGGAUAGAAUAUAAACACCUUCAUGUCAUAGUCAGGCAAACACCACUCAGUCUCUGUGAUGUUUUCAUGCUGGGAAAAAUCAAAGCUUGUGCAGUUUGUGGUGUGCUAUGUUCCCUCCAAAUUCCCCAAACUUUUGUUCUUUUGGUAACUUUUCUUAAUCCCCCCCCCUCCUGCAGAGAGCUAAUCCAGUCAAAAAAAACCUCUUUGAAGUUUAACCAAAGCCACAAAUAAUGAACAAGAGGCUAAUGCUGCCGUUGACUGAGAAAAUCUGAAAUUGAUGCGCCUUACUUUAAGCUUCAAAGGACUUGUUACCAGAAUUAUGACAAACUGUGGCGUCCCCUGACGUGCUGGAACUUACAGCAUCCACGGUGUUACCACGAGCGCUGGAGCUUAGUGUUUUUGAAAUCUGGUGCAUUUUUGACGACUUUUUAACCAUCAGAACUGACACUUACUAUCCAGUGUCUAGUCAUUGCUGUAAGGUGGUAACAGGGAAAAUUAUUUGAAUUAGAUUUCAUCUGUUUUUUUCAUCUAAGUCAAACUGAAAAAGGGGGUUUGUCUGUGUCUAGAUUCUUGACUAGUGUUGCUCCAGAGUUAUGGGUUUGUUUGUCACCAGCCUCAGGCAAAAACAGAGAGUUCAAUGUGAAAACAAACUACAGAGACAUUAAACUUGCUUUAUUUUCUGCCCUGAGUGGAGUUGAUCGUAGUGAGAUUGCCUCUUGGAUUAUAGAGGUGUUAAAAUUGUGGUGAGGGUUAGUAAAAACAAAGUCAUGUGAGUUAUUUUUUAAGCCCUGGUGUAUUAGUUAUGAAUCGUUUCAUUCCUCUUAAAUGAACCUUUCUCGCAUUCUGAGCAUUCCUCGUGUUUCAGGAAAUAGUCUUUUUUGUAGAACGAAUUUAUGAAACACUUUCUGACCCAUCAGACGUCAUGUUAGCUUUUCAGUCUGAACAAUUACAUCACAGUGUUUCCUUGAACCAAGAGAAAGCUUGUCAACAACAUGUGAUGCUGUUGUAAUCAGACCUUGACAUCUCCCUUGUGAUUGCUUGGACAGCUUCAGAACCUACAAAUCUGCUCUUCUCUGCCAAGUCAUUUUUACACAACUCUGCUCCUCUUUCCUUUUUUUCUUUUGCUGCAGCGGUCACUGUUACUACCAGACCAUCGUCACGCCUGUGUCGCUCCCGGACUCGCCAUGCUCGCGGAUCCCUCACACCGUCACACUUGUGUCCAUCCCAGCCACCGCAGAGGGCAACAACGGACGCAGAGGGCGAGGUUUUUCCGUGGCCAUCGACCAGCCGCUCAGCCCGACCAACGGCUUCAGCCCUGAACACGGACACACCGUCAGAGUGUCCCAGUGAGUCUUUUUGUUCUGUGUUUAUUGUGUGAGAUAAGAGAUUACAGGAGAGGUCAGUAUGAUGAAGGACAAAGGAUGAAGAAGAGUGGAUUAAAAAUGGAGGAGAGAGUGAUAGAUGAGAUUCAUUUAAAAUGUAUAAUAGAGUGGAAGGAAAAGGAAAUGAGCAGAAAUCUGAGUCACUGUUAUUCAAAUGAGCUGAAGCCUUAUCAAAUCUGAAGCCUGUGUCCAAAUGAAAAAUGUUCCAGCGUGUGCACAAAGGUUUUCAUUAUUAUUGUAGACGCUUAUUGUUCUGUUUUAUCCAGGGUGGAUGCAGACUGCAUCAGUCCAGAUGUGAAAAACUCCAUUCACGUUGGAGACAGGAUCCUGGAGAUCAAUGGGACACCCAUUCACAAUGUCCCUCUGGAUGAGGUAUUCAUCACACUCCACCUUGACAAUCUUGCACAAAUAUUCUGCUGAGGUUAAGGAAAUUGUACAUCUUCGAGGUAAAGUACCUAUCCUGUAACAAUAAACGUUUUUUUAACCCCUCCAGAUCGACCUGCUGAUCCAGGAAACAAGCCGGCUGCUACAGCUCACCAUCGAGCACGACCCUCACAGUCUGGGGCAGGAGGGAGGCUCCUCAUCCACAGAGGAGCAGGUGGACGGCCCCUUGUCCACUCCUCUGUCAGAGGGUCCCAGCCCUAUCUUACCCAUCACCCAGCCCCCUCACGCUGACAUCAGCAACCUAAAAUCCAGAAUCAUCACGUAAGACAUGAACACUUACAUGUAGUGGCAAAAUAAACACGCCAACAAGCUUAACAGUUUUAGUUUUUAAUUGACAUACAUUACAGUUUUUAUAUUUGAUUGUAAAACCAUGAUGAAUAGGUUUUGUUUUGGGCUGUUAGCAUCCCUACAUCAUGCAGCACUUCGAUUAAUUUUCUUAUUGCAGCAAAGAGUAUGAAAAUACAACCCCUUCUCUUACUGUUUCUCUUCCUCAUGUCUUUCCUUCCCCCUUUCUUUUUACUCCUCCAGGCGGAGUUACAGCAUCGAUAAAUCACCAGGCUCCAGCAAUGCAGCGUCCCCUGUCUCCCAGAGGAAGGACAUCAAUCGAUCAGAGUCACUGCGAGUCGUCUCCAAUCGGACGCACCGCAUCUUCCGCCCUUCUGACCUCAUCCACGGAGAGGUGCUGGGGAAGGGCUGCUUCGGACAGGCCAUCAAGGUCAGUCACUGGUAGCAUUUGUUUAUGCCAGCGUGUCAAUUAAAUGCAUAUGCGGUAUAUUGUGCAUCGAUGCACAUGUGGUCAUACUCAUGUUGUCCAUAGGAUGGCAGUGUUGAGACAGAAAAGAUCUGUGAAAAGGGGAGAGGUUAAAUAUUUGGAGUUAUUACACCUCCUGGAGUUUUAAUAAUAUUGUUUAUCAUGCUGUUACCCAGACAGAGGGAUGAAAGCCUCACAAACUUGUGUGUUUUGUUCCAGGUGACCCACAGGGAGACGGGGGAGGUGAUGGUGAUGAAAGAGUUGAUUCGCUUUGAUGAUGAGACACAAAGAACAUUCCUGAAAGAGGUGAGCAGAGAGGAACAAUAACAGAUUUUUUAAUCCCUCCGGAGAGCAAAUUUAGCUUUUAUCUGAUUAUGAAAUGAUAUGCACAUAAACAACUUCCUUGAAUACGUACAUACAUGAUUUUCUGGUGGAUUAAGAGAACAUUUGUUGCCAGUCAAACUAUCAGCAUUAAAAAUAGAAAGCAGCCUGAAACCAUUGGGAAAUUUUGUUGUGAGGAAGUGAAAGGAUUUUUUUUUUUGUACUUGACUAGACACUGAGAAUUUUGAUUAUGAUUAGCUGUUCCUCUGUGUGAAUGUAGGGCAUGGUGACUGGAUAAAAAUGAUGAGUUCUCUCAGCUGAAUAAAUGAAAAGUCAAAAACGUAGAAAAACACCUUUAAAAAGAUGACAAAAGAGGUCGUUAACCAAGUCCUUCCUUGCAAAAAUUAUGCAUGACUUUAUCUUACAUCUCUCUCAUCAAAGCUUUAUUAUCCUCUUUCCUAUAUUUGGAAAGAAAACAAUGAAUUAACCGAAGCUUUGACUGGUGUAAAGUUAUUGUUUCCCUCACUGUGACCUUGUUUGAUGUUCAGUCGUUCAGACAAAGUCAUCUGUUUUAAUUGGGAUGUUUGAAGGUCUCAUGGGUGUCUCAGUGUUGGAGUUAUUAUGAGGUUACAAUAGCACUGAGUCUUUGCUCUGUUAUUAAUGCAGACCACGACAGGGUAGACAGAGCAGCUACCACACAUACACACACACACACACAAACACACACACAUUACCACAAUAAGUCUUAUUAUUACUGCCUGCUGUUUGUAGGGGAGCAUAUAACUCAUGUGUGACACACAUUUCAUUUGUUGCUUCACAAUCUCUGCGGCUAAACUAAGGAAAAAAAAUAUCUGAAGCACGUUUCAUUGGAAGAGUAAUAUAACAGAUUAAUGUGUUUGUAAUGUUGGCCCGCUUUUUCCACUUUCACAGCCAGAUCCUAAGGGGGGAAAUGUUUCAUGAGGUGUCAUAUUGUAGUGGAGCCGAUGUAACCUCUAAUACUCUAAUUCUUUGUGGUUAGCGCUGCCUCAACAUCUGGGGAAAAUAACUGCUAUACUGAAGCAGGACGUGCACUACAACUGUAAAUUAAAAGAGGGGUAGGAUUUUGGGGUUAUCAAAAUUAGUUUCUUAAAGAGAUUAAACGAUCGAACGAACCUCAUACUGAAGUGUAUUUCUAGUAGCACCAAAUAUUUAGCAUUUUUAAUGUCAUUUGAAACAAUCUCUAAAUAGAUGGUGGAUUUAUAAAGUGAUUAAUUCAUUUGAAAAUGUGAGGAAAAAUGGCGUUCUGCUGCCACCCUCAGGAAUGUUACAAAACAGCAUGCACAGCGGUCUGUUAGAGUACACAAACACAGGUGCCAUGCUUCAUAUUUUUGUGAAAUGUUUGUACUUUUGAACUGACAGUCCUCUUUCCUGCUCAACCAAUCUAAGAAUAAGAAUAACUUUAUUUUAUCGCUAAAGGGAAAUUCAAUUCUCUGUAGUCUUAGUUGUUAUGUGUCAAAAAGUCAUCUACAAAAUACAAUCUGAAAAAUCAAUCAUAUACAAUCUGCCGUCUUAGGUACUAAUGAGGAAAUGUACAACUUUGAACAACUAAUCAGACUUCCUCAGAAACACAACAGGUUUCCCUUUUUGCUAGAGAAGUGCUUAAUAAGUGUAAUAUACCUCUUCAAUGUGAGGAGCAUCAGCGUCACCAUGUGUCUCACACUAGUUUUUAACUAUUUUAAUGACUUUCACUGAAAUAGUCAACGGGCUAAUGAUGAGAUGAGUAACUCAACUAAGAGGAGCUAUCAUUCAUGUGUAAAAUUAUUUAUUAUUUUUCAUCAGGUGAAAGUCAUGCGCUGUCUGGAUCACCCCAACGUGCUCAAGUUCAUCGGAGUCCUCUAUAAAGACAAGAGACUCAACUUCAUCGCAGAGUACAUCAAGGGAGGCACUCUGAGAGAAAUCAUCAAGAAAAUGGUGAGGAUUAGUUUUUAAGGAGCACAAAAUAAACCUUUUCAUUUAGCCAUUCAAAUACAUGCGGGUUCCUUUACAUAUCAGUGACAUGUGUUGUGAUUUUUUCCCCCCAUAGGACGGCAACUAUCCCUGGAACCAGAGAGUCAGUUUUGCAAAGGACAUAGCUGCUGGCAUGGUGGGUUCAAAGACAGAAACUAGCCUGUAAAAGUUAUCUUAUGCUUCUUUAAUGAAGUGCAGUUCCCUGAUGUUGUUGCAGUAAAGGAAUUCUCAGCUCCCUUACUGCUGUCUCCCUCUAGUGGUGAAGUCAGUGAGCUGCUAACAUUCAGUUUCUAUGCCCACAAUCUUUUCCAUCCUCCUCCAUGGAGAUGACAGCAUGAAUUCCUGUAGGAUUAGACCAUUUCUCCUUCAUGUUUCCUUUUAUAUGAGUACAAUGAUAGAUGCUGUUCAUGACUGGGUUAUUGUUGAUCAAACAAAGGAGGAUUGUUCUCCUUGCACAUGUUUCGGAUCACCACUAAAAGUUUCUGUUUAUUUUCUUUCCCUCCUUCCCUUUUUUCUCUUCUCUCCGUCCAUCCAUCUGUCAUUUAGACGUAUCUGCAUUCCAUGAAUAUAAUCCACCGGGACCUCAACUCUCACAACUGCCUGGUCAGAGAGGUAAAAGCUUGUGUAGUCCUGGAUGUACCAAAGCAUGUACAGUCUGUUUUCUUAGAGGAUUUGACAUGCUGCACCUGUCAUGUGCUCAACUGCGAAAAAACAAAGGACAGCUUUGUUUGCUGUAGCAGUGACAUGCUAAGCCGUCUUAAACACACUCUUCACAAGGAGCUCCCAGCUAACCCGACUCAAACAGAUACAGCAUUGUACAGGAUACGUGUCACAUGGAAAACAAAACCCUUCAUGCAAUGUCAUUUUUGUCUGUAGGACAACACAGUGGUGGUAGCAGACUUUGGGCUGUCACGGCUCAUGGUGGACGACAAGCAUGAGCAGAAGUUGUCGCAGGGUAAACUCCCCGGCCUGAAGAAGCCGGACCGCAGAAAGAGAUACACGGUGGUGGGAAACCCUUACUGGAUGGCUCCUGAGAUGAUACAUGGUAUGAGUCAUGGGGACGCCCAUCUAUUUUGCAUUUUUCCUGCAAGUUUUCAUUUAUUUGCAUGGUGAAAAUAACCAGAAGCAUAAUCGUAAACCAACACCAACACACUUGUUUUUGUUCCAGGGAAGAGCUAUGAUGAGAGAGUCGACAUCUUCUCCUUUGGUAUCAUGCUCUGCGAGGUAAGAGACUUUCAUUUAAAGUACCACUAGAAAGUUUUUUAGUGUUUAAAGAGCAGGACAAGAAAUGAUUCAUCACUUCCCCAAAAACUAAAAUAAUACUUACAUAUCACACAAUGCGUAAAAGUUGCUUUUCAUGUUGCCUUAAUAGUAUACCCCUUAAAUCCUUUUACACCCCUCUAUCUCUUAGAUGACAUGGCUGAUUAUUAUUUAUCAAAUGCCAUCCCCCGCCCCAUUUAUUCUAAAGUUUUAAAGCUCCUUAUUUCUGGGAGAGUCUUAUUUUACCUAUUGAAAAUGCAGCAGCAGAGUGUGGUGAGAUUUGGACCUGGCACAGAAACCACUCCCACAGCUUCAACAGUUUGGUUCAUACACUCUGAGCAUGACUUCCUCACAUGGACACCAUUAGCCAGAGAACAGAGUGAGGAUUAGAGAGAGCUGAAAAGCAAUGUUGUCUUCAUGUGGCUUCUGACAGGCAGACUAACGGUAGUUGUGGUCUUUUAAGAGGGAGCAGCUUCAGUUUGGGUGGUUUACUGGUUUACAGCAGAUUGGCACAGGAUGGUUCUCGUUUUCACUCUGACGACUCUAUCUUUAACAUUUUUGUUUUGUUUUUCUUGUUCUUUCCAGAUCAUUGGCAGGGUGAACGCAGAUCCAGACUACCUCCCCAGGGCGAUGGACUUUGGACUGAAUGUGUCUGGCUUCCUGGAGCACUACUGUCCCCCAAACUGUCCCCCUGCCUUCUUCCCCAUGGCGGCUGUGUGUUGUGAUCUUGACGCAGACAAACGGUCAGACAUAGAUUCAAACUGAAAAGUUACCUAAAGGGACAGUUCACCCCAAAAAAUAAAUUUUUGUCACUUCAGUUUUCAGGGAGUUUUGUCUUUGGGGGUUAUAACUAACUCUGAUGUGGCAGAUUUAAACUUAUAUUCUGACUUUUUUGCUGAAGGAUUGUGUUGUGUUGUGUUUUGUUUGAACAUGAAAGGAUCUAAAUUCAUUGUCUCUUUUCUCAAUUUUUAGACCUGCUUUCUCCAAACUAGAAGAGUGGCUGGAAAAUCUAAAGAUGCAUUUGGACAUUGGUCUACCCCUGAUGUCUGAACUGGACCAGUUGCACAAGGCCUUCUGGGAGAACCACAGCAUCACACGCCCUGAAAAUGGCCUGCACACCCAUCCUGAGCAGCCGGAGUAGGGCCGAAAGAGACCGGAGGAGUAGGAAAUUAGAGUUAACCCCAAAAGGGCAGCGAUCCCCUGCCUUGGUGGCUGGAGGAGUAGUGUAUACAUUCCUCCAUGUUUGGAGCAAAUGCUGCGGGCGUCGGCUGGCUCAGGCUAAACGAGUAGACUCAGGGGGAAAGAGUGGAUCUAAGGAGCCACUUGUGCAAGAUGCACACAUAUAUCAAGUCAAAUCAAGAGAGAUUUACUACAGUAGCUUGAUUCUGCUGCACCUGAAGCUUCGGUAGAUCAUGUCAUAUGCAAUCAAACCCUUUUUUCAAAUCAUGACUCGUGUAGAUUUUAACCUUAGCAGUCAUUCCAUUCAGUGAUACUGUUCUUAAUGUAGUGUGUAUAUUCAUGUGGAUUUAGCAGAAACAAAGCUUAGAGUAAACCUACAGCCUCUUCACUUUAGGCCUGUACAGAGUACAUCGUGCCGUACGUGUUUGCAGGUGUUGUGUGAGUUUGGUUUUGAUUUUGAUCAUCAACUCUUAUCUCCAUUUAAACUACAAAGGAGAGGGGUUCCUCGAACAAAACCUUUUAAGCUUUAAGUAACCCACUGAAGUGUGCAUGACUGUAAAUAAUGCUGUCAGGUCAAAUCCUGGUUCAUCGUGUUGCUUCGACCUUGUUUGGUCGUAAACUCCUAUACCCACACGUGUCUGUGGCAUUGCCCCUCUCCGACAUUUAUCGUGUAGCACUGACCUAAACAUUGAGGUACACAAUUUUGCAUACAUGUGGUACUAUGUUUCCCAACUUCAGGAGCUCUUAUCUUAUUCAUAUUGACAUGGAAUCAUUUACAUUUAGUUACAUGCCACUGUAAAUAGCUGGCAACAUUGUAAAUGUUUUAAAUAUUGUAAAUGUAUAGACAUAUUUUAUAUACCUAUGCUACAUUGCCAUAUUUUUAUUGGCUGACCAGUGAAAUUGAAAUUAAGGAGAGUUCAUGUUUGACUGCAAUUAAUAGGGCACAGCCAGACUUUUUCCCUUUUUUUGCUAUUUCUUUUAUACAGUCAACGUUGUGGUGAGUUUGGAGCUUUUACCAAUUGAGAAAAGCAGGAAAUUAUCCCUUUCACUCAGAACAAACCCAUUAGAUGUUACAUUUUGUCACAAUCCUCCAUCCACAAAGAGAUUUCAGAGUUUGUAAAUGCCCCUCUUGGUGUGCUGGAGUGAACACACUUGUGAUUUUGGAUUAUCGAAUCACAUCAGAAUUUAAAAAAAAAAAAAAUCUAGACCUUAUCAGCAACUCUGAUAAUGUGAUUUUGGAAGUUUUGAGAGCAAUCAAUAGGUUGAACACAUGAAUGUGUUUGUCCAGCUGUUAAACAACUAUACUGUGAUGAAACACAAAUGCUGAACGGCUAAUUUUAUUAAAAAAUAACAAACAUUUGUCUGGUUGAAAAUAGCCGUCUACCAUUAGAGAUCUUUUCUAACUUUGGGUAAACCAGGUGGGACUAAAAAUUAUGAGAAUAUAUAACAAAGAAAAAUUAUAUCUACUCCAGAGUAUAACUGAGCAACACUGACUUUAAACAUCCACAUUCCCACGCUGCUCCCCUCUCCAGCCCAGUAUUUUUAAAUACUUUUAUAAAAUGAUUUACAUGGGUGGAGUUCAGUUUAGACCUUGCAUGAAGUGACACAGUUAAUAACACUCAUCUCAUGUACUGUACAGUAAUUCAGGUGUAUGACAUCACCAGGUACUGCCUCAUCAAGUCAGCUGUCUGUCUUUGUGUUCGUCUUUCCUCCAGUGGACAACCCCACUCUUUGUUUACAUGUAAAUGAGAGCUGUAAAUAUCACUUGUAUGUAUGUGUCUGUCUUACCACUUGUCUGCGAGCAUUGCAUAAAUAUGCGCACUCUCUUUCCAAUAACCUUUUUCAUGCUCGGUUUCUCUCUUGCACACGCUAACAAACAGUUUCCAGGCUGAAAACAUUUUUUUCCUACUAUCCUGCUUUUGUUUUCAUAAGCUGCAUGUCAUACUAUGUCUGCUCAGCUUCUAAUUUCUCUUGAAACUAUGUCUUUUUAAAUAAGAAAACAAGAGUGAAAGACAAAAAAAGUCAACAGAGAAAGUCAGGCUUCAAAGACCAUGAGAAAAGAUACAGCAUCUUUUUUUUACACUAAUAUAGAAAACCACUGAAAUCUUUUUGUAUCGAUUUUUAAUUUGCACUAUUUAACUAAAUGGCGUGUUGAAGCCAUGAUAGUUAAUUUCCUCUCUCGGGCUAACUUGUGAUAAGGAAAUAAACUUUGUCAGUUCAGGUUGUUAUAUGAAUGCAAGACACUGAUGGAGCCUUUCAACCAUAAAAAUAGGAUCUGGGAAAUUCAUCCUCUUAAAAGCAAAAUUUCUGAUUCACCGAAAGUGGAUUCUGUGUGGUCCAUCUUUUAAAAACAGCACUGGCAGAAACCUGUCAGAUCCAUCUGAGAAUUUAUAGCCAAAACAUUGUACAUCCAUGGAAAUUAUUUUCAUUUUCAAAUUUCACUAAAAUACCCACACGACUACUUCCAAAGUUAUCUUGUCCUUGCUGCCAGGAGGAUGUUUUUUUCCCAGUUCUGCCUGCUGCCUACAGACCGGUCCUUUGUGAAUGAUGUCCUGUGUUGUUUCUGACUGCUUGGUUUCGUAUGUGAUGCCCACAGAGGCUGCAACUACUGCAGGUCUAUCUGAUAAUACAGCACUUAAACUGUCUCACCUCUCACCUUUCACGUGGUCACCACAACUCUUUUGGCUCAGGUCCACACUUUUCUGGAGCUAGCAUCACUUUAAUUCAGCUAUUUCAAAAGAUUCACCGGAUAGCAGCUUUCAACUGUAACACUGAGACUCACAGAGCAUGUAACCUGUCAAAAUACGCUUCUGUAAAACAAGUGACCCUUUCCCGGUUGAUGUGUUUGUCUGCAGGCAUGCACUGUACACACAAUGCUUAGCCGUGUUUCUGUCUUCAGUCCCGUCUGAGCCAUGUCAAGCAUGUUAGGUGUGUCCGUGAGGACACAUUGAUGAUCACUGAGAAUGUCGCCGCAGCACUUCUUUGCAAAGGAUCUUUACCUCUGAACAAUGCUGUGCCUUUGUUGUAAGCUAGCCUUGCCAACGACUCGAAAACAUGAACUGAUUUCCUCUUUUUUUAAUGUAUCAUAAGUGCAAGCCUGAUUCAAGUGGAUUGAAUAUCAUUGCUGAUACUGUGUUGUAUGAGAUUUCAUCUUGUUCUGUAUUAUAUUUAUAUUUUCCAGAUCUCCAUUGUCAGUUUUGAUAUUUUAAUAUUAUAUUUCUUUUUUGUCUUAUUUAAUUUUUUUACACAAGCUGUGAAAACAAUUCUGCACUUUAAUCCUGAACGUGAAUAUUUAGACUAUGAGGAGGCGACUGUUUUUUUUUUCCUUUUGUCACAGCUAAAAAUAAAACUGUUGCUUCUAAAACACACCGG